AUGAUCACUACUCGCCAGGCAGCCGAGAGCGCACUUCCGGUCUUCCGAAGUGCCUUUGCAGCUCCUCCACUAUUCACAUCCGAUAGGCUCGGAGACAGGCCAGUAUGGGAGGUCAGGGAUAUUGAAGGCAAGGGAAAGGGCGUAGUGGCGAUACGCAAGAUCGCCCGGGGUGAGGUCUUCAUGGUCGACUACGCAAGCGUGCUCGCCGAUGUCAAGUUUCCGAUGAAGAUCAACCGCAAGAUCGGCCGGAAGCUACUCGACUCGGCCGUCGACAGACUGCCCGAUCCGCAGAAGAUCCUGGCGCUGGGCAAGAGCUCAAACAGCAAGGCACCGGCCUCAGAGGAUGUUUUGCGGACCAACACAUUUAGCACGACAGUGGAUGGAAUCGAGUAUAUGGUGUUGUUUCCUACAGUUUCGAGGAUAAACCAUGCGUGUAACCCCAGUGCUUUCACCCGGAUCAUUGGUAAGACGUUGAGCACAAGGGUCGUCGCAUUCCGCGAUAUUGAACCAGGCGAGGAAAUCACUAUCAGCUACACCGAGUUCGGUCUCCUCUACAAGGAGCGCCAGAAGACACUCCUCCGCCGCUGGGGCUUCAAGUGCAGCUGCGACCUCUGCAGCGCCUCCCGGGACGAGAUAGCCGCUUCCGACUCCCGCCGGACGCGGAUCACCGAGAUACGCGAGGAAGUCUUCCAGGCCAUCGGCAAAAAAGACUUCAUCGAAGCGAUCGACCUGUACAAGGAGCUCAUGGACCUGGUCAAAAAGGAGCAGCUGGUAUCGCACUGGGGCGAGCACUACGAAGUUCUCGCGCGUCUGCACGCGGCUGUGGGAGACAAGGCCGGUGCGAUCAACUAUGCCAAGCUAGCCGUCGAGACGUUGACCAAGUAUGGUGGAAUGGAGAUUUACGAGUCGAUUACGGAGCUGGAGGAGCUCUUGGCUGGGUAUGAGAGUGCAUAA